AUGGGGGUUGGUGAGCCAGGGGCGGGGUGUCCCUCCAGGUCAGAAGCCCGACUGAAGCGCCAGCUCCAUCUAUCGCCACCGCCGGAAGCUCCGCCCCCUCCCCCUGGGACCCGCCUCUACGCCGCUGGGGCCCCUCCAGGGCCACGCCCCUCGGCGGGCGGGUCACCAACGACGCCCGGGCCGGAAGUGACGACACCGGUGAAGCCUUUUGGGUGGGGCCUGGGCCAUCAGCUCCAAAGGCCGCGAUUUAACAUCGGAAACAAAACAGCGGAUGCUCGGGAAGGAACCUCGGCUGCUAGAGGCCGGUAG